GUCUGCUACUCUGCGUUGUAGCGUUCUUGUUUUGUCUGGUUACAAGUGAAAAUUGUCGAUUUUUCAGAAGAUUUUUGGAAAAUCCGGUAAAAAUUCGCGCGCGCUGAAUACUAUGCUCGAGAUUAACGGCAGUGACUCGUACAUCACUUCCCAUCCACAAAACUGCGUGAUUUUUUACAAUUUGUUUCAAAAUACUGUUCGCAGAAGAAAAUCGACGAGGAAAUUUUUUCAACAGACCGAAAACAACAUGCUGGAGAUGAUGUUGGGUGUUGCACAACCUCAACUCUUCCUCUGGUAGGGCCCAAAGGCUAGAAAAAUUUCCGCACCUACAAAAGGCGAAUCUAAUUUCCUUGCAAGAUGCCAUUCACCAAAUCUGUCCCUGCUCAAGCUGCAUCAUGGCGAGAAACCUCCAGCCACAACAUUCGAUCCGCAACACAGAUUUUAUUCGAUCAAUCAAACCAAUCAAUCGGCUAUGCACGAUUACGAAGAGGACUUCUGCGAUUUGGAGACGAUGAAAUUCGUGAAUCCCUACGAAAUCAAUCCGAUCGCCACUACACGCCCACAAAACACCAUUAUGGAUCAACAGAUAGGUUUUGUGGUCUACAACAAGCAGCAUCAGCGCAUCAGGUGAGUGUAAACCCAAGCGAGGAUGUAACCACGCAAAACCCGCUAAAAAUGGAGGAAUUCAGCGAUCUUUCAGCUCUUUUAAUGGGCGCAAAUGUAGAGUUCAUCGACUCUACAGAUGAACUGAACACCCCAGUAUUCGAUAAAGAGGCGUUUAAAUUUCCACAACAAUCAACACCCGCUAAACCGGACAAGAUCAAAGCAAACCCAAAAGUAAAAGUCGAAACACUCCAACACUAUUCGUACUCAGAUUUGAAUCUAUCCGCGGAUAAUCAAGUCCACACCAAGGAAAACUGUUGUUCGUUGGGCAAUGAACAGUCCGAGAUGUAUUUAUAUCAGCCAUUUGCCCAGUCUUUGUACAAUCAAGGCGCUUACAGCCCGGUUUUCCUUCAAGAUAAUACGGCCAUCAAUCAGCCGCGUUUAUAUAGCACUAAUUUAAGUUCAAACAAUCAUUUUAACUCAACUACCACCUCGCCUCAAGACGACCGAUAUUCCUACAUAUCGUCGCCAGCCAAUCUACAGCCCGAACCUACAGGAAAAGAACAGCUUCAGCAUACGUUGAGGCUCAAUCUGAUGGCUGAACGGUUCAAGUUUCCCAUCAAAGAGGAGGCGAUAUCGACCUUAAACACACCAGAUGUUAUUGAUGAGGUUGUUCAGAUGGGGACUGACUUCAAUAUCCUGGAUUUGGUCGAUAAUGAGGACAUUUCCAUUAUAAACGAGGACGAGGCAUUUGUUUCAACACUGACCAGCCCGACAGCCUUCAAAUCGGAACCAUCCACACCAUCCACCACCACCAGUCGAUCCAGUUCGAUUCGAAGAACGAAGAAACGGAAAAUGUUUCAAUUGGACGACGCCGAUGACGGUGAUGAUGACGAUGAUGAUUACAUCCCGCCAACCUACAAGAAACGAUCCUCUGCUUACCGACUGGCAGCCAACGACAUGGAUAACAGCGAUUCUUCAGACGAUUCGCUGGAGCAGCCAACAAAGCCCAGAACGCGAAGCAUCUCAGUGUCGAAGACACGCGGCCGUCCGCCCAAGCGUGGUGAAUCUGUGUCCAGUGACGGUUCGAAAGACCAGGACGUGUCGAAGUAUCGCGAGUUAAGGGACAAGAAUAAUGAAGCUUCACGAAAAUCGCGCCUCAAGAGGAAAGUGCAAGAGCGGGAGUAUGAGAAGGAGGCUGCUGACCUGUACGCCAAGAACAUCCGGCUCAAGACUCAAGUGGAGGAGUUGGAAAAAAUGGUCGAAUCUUUCAGAAACAAUCUCUUUCAAAUGCUAGUUACUAAGUAAGCAGGCUGCUCUAGAACUUAAGGUUAUUAGUAGAUUUUUUCCUUGAAAAUCUGUUAUAGGAUUCAGUUGAGCCACAUUUGCUUAUAUGGCCUCAGUUUCGCUCUCCGAAGUUUUGCUCUAAACUUCCGAGCUUUACGUUGUCGCUGACUUGUUAUUAACUUCAGCAUUGCUACCUUUUCGUAGCGAUUAUAUAGUUUUAAUUCACUUGUGCUUAAGUACCUGCUACACUUGUAACUGUUUUUAUAUCUAUCUCUAUAUAUAUAUAUGUUUGUUUUUCUCUAUCUAAAGACUUGUUCUGAAACCGACGAUUGUUUGUUCCAAUCGAAGACCAUCCAAAGUGCUGACCAGUGACUCGAACCGAAACACUUUGCCUUGUAUUAAUGUAACAUUUAGUUUAUUAUGUUUUAUCUAUUGUAUUGUUGAUUAAUCAAUGAGAAAAUUUGGAUUUUUGCCGAUAAAAUUAUUAUAACGAUGACAAUGUUUGUGUUGAUUCAUUCAAGUUCAUUAAUAAAGUGAUUUUAUUUGUA